GCACUUGACUUACACUUUCAGUGAACUGUGAAACGACUCUACAUUCAAAAAACAAUGACCUCGAAGGCAGCAGUCUUGCAAGCCUAUGAUCAUACGAGCCUAGACGGAGUGAGCGGCGAAGCCGAUAUCACUCCUCAGGGCGGCCCAAUCGUCAAUAUCAUCGAGGGGAAGGGCGAUUUCCUAGCCGGGGGGGCGACGGGACUUGUAGAACGUCUUGGUUCGGGAGAUGUGGUCAAGUCUCCUUGGACGGGCCGUCCUACGGCAUCAGACUGUAGGAAAGAGAUGGCGGUCGAGGCGCAGAUCUAUGAGAGACUUGGAGCACACCCCCGACUGGUACGAAUGAAACACUGGGACCCUAUCAGCCAUGCCUUGACACUGGAAUACAUGCCUAAUGGCAAUCUCAAGGCAUACGUUCAGAAGCAUGGACAGGAGAUAUCGCCAUUGCAGAGGCAACAGUGGGUAAAAGAGGUCGUUGAGGGCGUUGAGCUUCUACACUCGCAUAACGUUAUUCAAGGUGAUGUCGGGCCGCAUAAUUGCCUGCUCGAUAUCGAUCUUAGCCUGAGGAUCUGUGACUUUGGCGGAUCUUCCCUUGAUGGCUCGCAGGCCACGGUUGCUCCUGGAGUAAGAUACAGGCUGCCGAACCUGGGUGAAGUGACGGUCAAAGAGGACCUUUUUGCUUUGGGCUCGACAAUCUACUUCAUUGUUACAGGGCACGAGCCGUACGAAGAGCUAACUGACGAUCAGGUGGGGGAACUGUAUAAGGAUGGAGUAUUUCCAGGACUAGACGACGUGGCCUUCGCAGAGAUCAUCAUACUCUGCUGGAGACAGGAAGCUGAAUCGGCUAAGAUGACUAUCGAUGUUAUGAAGCGCUUAUUAGAAAAUAGAAUAAAACGUAAUAAGGCCAAUUCCUAGUCCUAACUGGUCUCGCUAUAGUCUUAUAUUAAUAGAGAGC